AUGUCGUGGCUCUUCGGCUCCUCCAGCGGCACCGCCGAGAAGGCUUCCGCGCCGGCAGCUACCGAAUCAACACCAGCCGAGAAACCCAAGCCCUGCUGCGUCUGCAAGGCCGAGAAGACGGCCCGUGACGACUGCAUGCUGUUCUCGAAGACCGACGAUCCGACGCAAGAGUGCAAACCGCUUAUUGAGCAAUACAAGGCUUGCAUGGCUGGAUACGGCUUCAAGGUUUAA